AUGCAGACGGAGCAUAAUGAAGAAGCUAAUAAUAAAUCUGGAACAAACAAUCCAGGUCAACCAUCAGAAAAAAGUUUUAAUUUAGAUAUACUCCAAAAUCCAGUAGUUCCGGCAACCAACGGACCCCAAGUACAGAAAGUCAUAGUUAAGCAUCACCAACCUGUUUCAAAAGUAAUUUGCCGUAAAAUUUCAGAGCCAUCUAAAUUAUUUGAUAAUAAGCAUACUACUGAAUCAUCAAAUAGCGGCAUAAAUAUAUCUAUAGUUGAUACUCUGCUCAAUACACAUGUUUCUAGGCCAAAAUCCGUUGAUGUUUAUCAAGAUCCAAAAACAAAUUUACCUUCACAACCGGCAACAGCACAAAAUAACUCCCUAGCUGCUCUUCUACAGCCAAGCCAGCAGCGUCCUAUGCAGAUUAUUCGUGUCCCUCGCCAAAGUUCUUCGUCAAAAAAGAAAGAUGGCGAAAGAGUUGCAAGACAAGAGGCCAAACUCAUUACUAUUAUAGACAACAAACCUCAUAUAUCCGAUGUUGGCUCUUUACUUCAGCAUCCAUCCACUCAAAUUCCAAGUCAACCUCAAAUCAUCGUAAAAACAGCUCCAAAAAUACCAACAGCCUCGGUCUUUUUCAAUCAGAACGUCAUUAAAGUACAGCCACCACCAAUCGAAGCCAAGCCAGCUUGUCUUUACCCAGUUUUACCUUCUGCAACAGAUGUUCAACUUUUAAUUGAUGCAGUAGACCUAGAAAUCAAAGAAUUGGAAGCUAAAAUGGACGAAUUAGUUACUGAACGGACUCUUGGAAUGAUUUCUCUACCAGAUUUUUCAGAUAGUGGCAAAAACGUCAAAAUUCUUGAUUUCCAUAACGUCAUUCAUUCGAAAGACAUCAGCCAAUCAGUUAUAGAAGGUAGCAGACGAAUUGCUGAGCAAUCUCAUUCCAAAUUCAAAAUGCCAGUGAAAACAAACAAAUUUGGCCACAUUUCACACCUCCCUCAUUACAAGGAUGAAAUGGAAAACCAAGAAUCAGUCAUGGAAACAAUGAUGCAAGUUCUUUGUCAAAAAAUUGUAAAAAGUGACACAAAAAUGAAACAAUUGACCCACGAAUAUAUCGAGAGGCGCAAGCUUUGGGAAGAGUCCAACGAGCUGCUUGAUUUGUACCAUAAAGAUCUCCACGCGUCCAUUGAUGAAUGGCCACCAGAAUUUGCUCUUUCCUUUAUAAAACCAACCGACCAAACAGUGACACAAUUCUGCGGAAAAGACCAGAUUAUGUAUCUCGAUGACGAAGAGAAGGAGAGCUAUCUUUACUAUAACGAAAACUCCUUCGUUGAAGAUCCAGUGAAGGAACACGAGAGAUACAAGAAAAGAAUAUCAUGGAGUGAAUCUGAGAAACAGACAUUUCUAGAAAAAUAUUACCAGCAUCCAAGAGAUUUCAAGAAAAUUGCGCAGGCACUGCCUCUUAAGUCUAUAAAGGAAGUAAUAGAGUACUACAACAUUUACAGGAUAAAACUGAAUCUAAAAGCUGCUGAUGUCGCUGGAAGAAAGAGAGGAAGAAAAAGAAUUUUAGUUGAAUAA